AUGACCAUCUGCAAUGUCGUCUGCAGCACUCCCAAGGGAGGACUGAAGACUCUCAGGAGCAAGCUUCAACCCAAAGGCAGCAACAUACUGCAUGAGCUGCCAAAGACGCCUGCAAGGACACGGUUCGCCCCUUCGCCAACGGGCUAUCUCCAUCUCGGGUCGUUGAGGACAGCUCUAUACAACUGGCUGUUAGCUCGAGCAACGGGAGGGCAAUUUCUCAUUCGAGUUGAAGACACAGAUCAGACAAGGCUUGUCGAAGACGCUCUCCCCCGUCUGUUGAAAGAUCUGAAAUGGGCUGAGCUGGACUGGGAUGAAGGGCCUGACAUUGGUGGUCCGUUUGGCCCAUACGUACAGUCUGAACGCCUGCAUCACUACACCAAGCACGCGGAGCAUCUGAUCGAAACUGGACACGCAUAUCGGUGCUUCUGUACGGCCGAAGAACUGGAGAGGCACAAACAGCAAACCCUUGACGGCGGCAGCCUCGUCAACUAUCCCGGCACGUGUCGAAGUGUCCCACCAGACCAAGCAGCUCGGCGUGCUGCCAACGGAGAAUCUCAUGUUGUUCGCUUCAGGAGCGAGGGGCGUCCAUCAUUUACGGAUGUCGUGUACGGACGAUAUCAGAAGAAUGAAGACGAGAGCGAUUUCAUACUGAUGAAGACUGACGGCUACCCGACGUACCACUUCGCCAACGUCGUGGACGACCAUCUCAUGGAGAUCACUCACGUAAUCCGUGGUGUUGAAUGGCUCAUUUCGACGCCCAAGCACAUCGCCCUCUACGACGCAUUCAAAUGGACCCCCCCGACCUUCGCUCACGCCGGCCUCCUGUGCGGGCCUAACGGCGAGAAGCUCAGCAAACGCAACCGCACCAUCGACAUCGACAUCGGCGCAUAUCGCGACCAGGGCAUCCUCCCCUCAGCCCUGAACAACUGGCUCGCUCUCCUCGGCUGGAGUCCCAGUAAGAAUGCCAGCGCCAAGGGCGACGUCUUCCCGUCCAUGGACGAGCUCGCGAAGAAGUUCUCCCUUAAGUUCACAAAGGGCAACACGCAAACCAACCCGGAGAAGCUUCCCAUCCUGCAGCGCGCCCACCUCACUCACCUCCUGCGCACCGCCCCGGCCUCCGACGCUCGCCUCACGACAACGCUCAUCGACCCUCUCCUGAAGAGCAUCGACGCCAUCGAAACCCCCUCCGCCACCCUCGAGAACCCCGUCCCCGCCCUCGCCCCCUCCGCCCCCCUCGCGUCGAAACAGGCCCAUCUCCUCUCCCUCCUCAAGACCCUGGCCUCAGACCCCAAGGAGACGGUCAUCGACCCGCACUCGCUCCUCGCAAACCACCCUUCCCUCUUCUUCCGCCCGGCCCGCGCGGACGCGGCGGAUGGUGCGCUCCGCGAAGCAGCAGCCGCCCUGACCGCGGCGCUGGCGCCCCUGGCGACCCGAGACGGCGAGGGCCGCGACGGCUGGACCCCGGAUGCGAUCCAAAAGGCCAUUGCUGCGCUGCUCGCCGACAAGCCGGUCGAGGAGCGGACGAGGGUCUACGAAUGUCUGCGCCUGCUUCUCACGGGCGACGGGACGAGGCCGGCUAAGCCGGCCAAGCUGCAGCUUGCUGUGCUGGGGCCCGAGGAGGCUAUGCUGAGGCUUCAAGGGGCCGGCGCUGCUUAG